GAUCAGCUCCAGUUGUGAUCGAUGUGGUGCAUCGGAGCAGUUUUUCCACAAGCUCUCACAGUUUUCACGAACCCAUCACGUCAAUUUGUGCCACUGUAUGGAAUGCACAGACCAGACUUGCACCGCCAGUCGCUCAACGCCGCAGAAUCCCAACCUCCAGGUUUGCCGUUAUGAAUGCGUCGUAGGGGGUUAUCAUGCUCGCCGGUGUUGCGGACGUUGGACCGUGUUGCAUGGCGGUUAUGUACGACGGAAGGACGACAGACGGACCCAGUGAGGCCGGCGAUGGAAUAAGCACUGGGAUCCUGCUCUUGGGUUCGCUUGGAAUCGACUUCCUUGACAAAGGUUUUGCUCGGUUUGUGGGUUUUGCGAAGCCGAUGAGAAUGAGGAGGUCCACGGAUUUUAAGAAAGUGGGUGUGGUAAAUGAGGUCGGCGUCUACGUGUGGAAUACACUCUGCUGUUUCGCUAGUCGCCGCCCUUGCUCUGUUUAGUUCACAAUUGGUGCAUGUAACUCGGUUCUCGUUUAAGCACUCACGGUGAGUUUGGAAAAUGCUGAGAGUUCAUCGUGAUGAAGUCUUGAAGUUCCCCUCUUUUUCACAUUGCGCAGAUGAGUUGUGGUAAUUUCUGCUUUCCCCAACGGCUUUGUGUAUUCAGCAGAACAUUUCAGUGAUGAAGUUGGAACCCAAGUCGUUUCUUGUAACUGCGGCUUUGUCGUAAGUUUGUCCUGAUCGAAGGACCAAUAGAACAAACAGCCUGCUCUGCAUAUAUUUCUUGCUGUUACCGACCACGUCUUCUCCCAUCCUCUCAUCUGCUUUUAAGUAGACAUUCUCCCACCGAUUGAGUACAGCAGUAGACACUUCAAUGGUAAUCAUUUUCCGCUAUUUUCGUUAUUAAUGUGUCAAAUUAUGACGCAUACACGAUAGCGGUGGCAAAUAGUGGCGUUCAUCAUUUCGGGCGUUGGUUUGUGUUAGAGAUAUGAUGAGUUGUACACGUUGUUAACGUCGCUGUAGCCUUUGUCGAGGUGCUUUCAUCAGUUCUUCGCUCUACUCUUCGUCGGCCUUCAUCUUAGGGGGAGGCGGUGGUAUUUCUCUCCGGCUUUGCUAAUGCUCAAACACAAUGCAGCUAUUUCUCCACAACAGAGACAGAAUGCUGGAAUACAGAGGCUGUUUGCUGCAAACUCAGUGCGGUAUCAGGUGGACACCCGGAAGGUUCAAUGUGAGGAUUCUUCUGUUGCUGCUCUCGUCUCUUCUUCCGACCGAACCAUUCAAAGUUGAGUUCGAUUCGGAUUUCACCCAGGCCUGCACUUACCAAGCUUGUAUGGAUUCCCUUGAAUCAGAAACUCGGCGCUUACAAUCGUUGAAUGACGAAGCCAACUUGAGGUCUGUGGAAACAAUGAGGGAACUAGAAUUUUUGGGCAAAGAUGGUUCCAUAUCAAUUCCUAACUUCUUUGUGUGGAAUGGAUCUAACGCCGCCGCGGAGCUUCUUCCUUCAGAAGCCGAAUCCACAGCUUCAGAUUCAUACGUAAGGAAUGCGAUCAAAGAGAAGUUCAAGGAAGUAGUACCAUGUAAGGAUAGUAUGCAGGAUUAUAUUCCACCCAGGGAACUAAAGCAAGGAAUGAAGCUCUGUGUGGUGAUGGUACCUCCACACUACCUGCGCCCAUUCAAGUGGCCUCAAUCCCAAAACAAGGCACGAGUGCAAAAUGUUGCAAACUCUCCACUGCUCAAAGCCAAGCAAUCUCGAGCGUGGGUGCACGUUAACGCCUCUACAGUUUUUUUCCUGCCAGGUGGACCAAAUUAUUUAAACGGGGUGGAUUCUUAUCUGGACCAUAUAUCAAAGCUGGUUCCAGAGCUAGGAAUCGGAUCCAUCAUCAGAGUGGCACUGGAUUUCAACUGCGGCACAGGGAGCUUCAGUUGGGCGUUGGGAAAGAGAGGAGUGACCAGUCUCUGUCUUGCUGCGUAUGGCUCGUCUGAAGAGGGAGUCCAGUUGGUGAUGGAGCGAGGAUACCCCGCCAUGCUUACUCACAGCUUCGUGUCCCGCUUUCGUCUUCCUUAUCCGUGUCAAGCUUUUGACUUACUACACUGCGCUGCCUGCAACAUCUCUUGGCUCUCCAAUGAUGGAGCACUGCUAUUUGAGGCUGAUCGCAUCUUGCGUCAGGGUGGUUUUUUUGUGUGGAUCAUGGACGCAUCAAAUCACGGAAUCACAUGGUCAGACAUGGCAACCCAGACUGAGAAGCUGUGCUGGAAUCUAAUUACACGAAAUAAUCAACUAGCUGUGUGGCGAAAACCUGGCUAUAUGACUUCCGCAAGCUGCAAACUCCAUACACAUGUUCCUUGUUGUCUUUCACCUCCAAUAUCCAACUCUACUUGGGAAGUUGUGAUGAAGCCAUGUCUGGAAACAACAAGAAGUGCGUUGCUUACAGCCAAUGUUCAUUGGAAAUCGCGCCUAAUCAAUCCACCGAAGCGUCUGGAGUUUGUGCCUACUGCUGGCCUCCACAGAGCUAAAAAGGAAGUAUUUCUAUCGGAUUUCAACUACUGGGCUUACUUGACAGACAUCUACGUCCGGAUCUUCGGCGUGUCAAGAGUGCUUGAGAUUCGUAACGUCCUGGAUGCUAACGCUGGCUAUGGAAGUUUUGCAGCAGCGAUGGCAUUGAAGAUGCCUCCAGUACCUUGGGUGGUGUUAAACGUAAUGCCGGUGGAUCAACCAGAUCGGCUGCCUGUCAUUUUUGAUCGAGGUCUUCUAGGAGUUUAUCAUGACUGGUGUGAGCCGUUUGAUUCAUACCCACGGACGUUUGACUUAAUUCAUGCUUCAAGAUUAUUUUCCUCACAGAACAGGUGCUCUAUGCAAGUGAUCCUGCAAGAGAUGGACCGCCUCUUACGACCCGGUGGUUUCGCCCUCUUCCGUGAUCACAAGAAGGUGCUGCUUCCGCUGCAAAAAGUUGCUCAGGCUUUGCACUGGAAGGCUCACAUUGAGGACACCGAGAGUGGCACUUGGGGUACUGAAAAAUUCUUGCAUUGCCAAAAGACAAGAUGGACGAUUGCCACAAAAACCAUUCACUGAAUGUCAAGUUUAGAUAGAAAGUACCAGGUUUACGGAUUUUACUUCUCUUCUCAGGUAUCUGAUAAACUUCCUUGACAGAAACUAAAAUUUCUGUUUUCUGAGCUGAGUUUGCAGUUACUUCUAAAAAUAUUGCCGAAAGAAAUUAUCAGUACAGCAAACACGUAUGAACUGAUUUUGUAAUUCUCAAAAAUGUAAAAGACAGAACUGCUUGAAGUGA